GGGCGGAGGGGUGCAAGACAAUGACAUGGAGCAGGAUGUGGAGGAUGAUGGGCAGGAGGAGGAUGAUGACGGGGACGAGGAGGAGGAGGGUGACGGGGAGGAGAAGGGACGAACGACAUGGUACAGCACCGCAUGGAUCCAACAUGAAGGGAGGAGGAGGAAGGGGAGGAGGAGCAGGGCCCGAGGGUCGAGAACGAUGACAUGAAGGAGGAUGUGGAGAAUGGUGACGGAAAGCAGGAUGCCGAGGCCGAUGACAGGCAGGAGGAGGAAGGGGAGGAGGAGGAAGGGGAGGAGGAGCACGGCCCGGGGUUCGAGGACGAUGACAUGAAGGAGGAUGUGGAGAAUGGUGACGGAAAGCAAGAUGCCGAGGCCGAUGACAGGCAGGAGGAGGAAGGGGAGGAGGAGGAAGGGGAGGAGGAGCACGGCCCGGGGUUCGAGGACGAUGACAUGAAGGAGGAUGUGGAGAAUGGUGACGGAAAGCAAGAUGCCGAGGCCGAUGACAGGGAGGAGGAGGAGGAUCACGAGGAGGGGGAAGGAGGGGGGGGAAGUAGCCCAGGAGGGGCAUAGCAGAGGGGAAGGGAGCCAAAGAAGAGCGCAUGGAGUGGUGGCAGGGAGGUCGGGGUGGGAUAAGGGCGAUGAGGGGGAGGAGGAUGGUGACGGGGAGGGAGAGGGCUCACAAGGAGGGGAGAGUGGUCACAAGGAGGGAGAGGGGAAGGUGGUCGAAAAGAGGCGUGUCCAAGAGGAG